UUCCAAAUAUAUAUAGAGAGAGAACUACCUACUUUGCGAUUUUAUAUUGCACAAAGCUCAGCAGAUUACGAAUAAUACAUCCGUAUUCUGAAACAACAAAAAGUUCAAGUUAAAGCUUUCGGUCACUACUGGGGGGGUCUGUCUCAGGCAGCUGCUACAGCUUUGGAAAACCCAAAAAUUUGGCAGAGGGACGGUGUGGACAGUCCAAACAUCACCGGCGUGGGGCAUCUGGCGACAGUGGCGGCAGGAGAGACGGUUGACCCACAGCUCCAGCUCGAAAAUCCUACAAAAGAAGCCAUGGCGGAGUUUGCCCCCCAGGACUCCUGGCGCCAGCGUGUCUGCUCUGCCCGGCGGGUGACCCUCGUCCUGAUGGGGCUGCUGGCCGUGGUGACCCUCUCCAUUAUCCUCUUCGGCUUUGUGGGGCGCAAAUACUCCACCACCUUGUGGAAGAUGCAGGAAGAUCUGAAGGCCAUCAACCACACAAUCACCGCGGAAUUAGCUGCUCUGCAACAAAACGAGACCAACAACGAGAAAACUCUGCAAAACGUCGAGCAGAUGGUGAAAAAUCUCACUGAAGAAGCAAAGAAAGUGAAAUCCCAGUUCCAGGACCAGAUCAAGAAACGUCAAGAGACUCUGGAGCAGCUGAAUUGCGACUUGGAUAACACAAAACCCAACCAGACAGGGCAGGAGAGGGGCUGCUGCCCCCGGGGCUGGCAUCUCUUUCAGCAGAGCUGCUACUCUAUCUCCUUUGACGUGAACAGCUGGUACCAUGCCAAGCAGGAUUGCGAAGGGAAAGAAGCCCACCUGGUGAUCAUCACCAGCUACGAAGAGAGGCAAUUUGUGUUCCAGCUCACCAAAGGGUACAGUGUUUGGAUCGGGCUGAGGUGUGAAGGCGGGACGUGGAAGUGGGUGGAUGAGACCCCCUACACGGUGCGCAGCACCGACUGGCAGCCCAACAAACCAAGAACUAAUGAGCAAUUCUGUGCCAUGUUCUACCUUGACGGGCUCUGGAGCGACGUCUACUGCCAGAGCAACCAUAUGUGGAUGUGCGAAAUGCAGGCGCUGCAGUGAGUCCCAGGGGAGACGCCGCCAGCCGGACCCCCGUGAAGCAGCUGCCCGACGCUUCUUGGAGCCAAUAAAACGAAUCUGAGACAAAAAUCUACCGCAGAAAUUGGCCUCUUCUCUGUAUCCUGGACGAGUGGAAGGGCGGGCAGCUCCCAUCGGUCAGCAGGCAGGCCUGAGCUGGGUGGGGGUGGGGGUCCAUCCUGGGAUCCCAGCAUGGCCUUCACACAACACGCUGAGCGGGCGGUGUUCUGUCUUUGGGGUUUUUUGUGGCUUAUCCUGUUUUAUUUAUUGAUUGAUUAAGAAUCAAAUUGUGGGCACCAAACUUACCGUUGGUUGACUCUGGACGGCAUCCAUUCAGCCAUCUAUGUCUGUCUGUCUAUCUGUCCCUAGCUCUAUCAUAUUUCUAUUUCUAUUAUCUGUCUGUCUGCCUGCCUGCCCAUCUAUCUGUCUUUCUGUCUGUCUCUCUGUCUGUCUGUCCCUCCGUCCAUCCAUUCAUCCAUCCUUCUCAUCUAUUAUCGCUCUCUCUCUCUCUAGCUCUAUCAUCUGUUUU